AUGGCCGAAGUUAUUGAGCGCAUGAAAAAGAAAACGUUGGUAAAGCCAAUAGUUUACGGGAAUACUGCAACUCCGCUCCUGCAAAAACGGGAUUCUGACCAGCACACACAUCAGUGGACUGUUUUUCUCAAACCCUACUUGGCAGAAGAUCCAACAAAGUGGAUUCGAAAAGUGCAGUUCAAGUUGCACGAGAGUUAUGCCAACCAAACUAGAAUCAUUGAAACCCCACCGUACGAAGUCACAGAGACCGGAUGGGGAGAGUUCGAAAUACAGAUUCGCAUCUACUUCGUAGACAACAACGAGAAACCGAUAUCGGUUUUCCAUUAUCUCCGUCUUUUCCAACCUGUGGCCGAACUUCCAUCCGGAAAAUCGGUGGUUUGCACAGAGUUCUACGAUGAAAUCAUAUUCCAAGAGCCUACGGUUCAGAUGUACAGAGCUCUUCAGGCAGGAGAUGGCAAAAGACCAGAUAAGCAAGCAUUCCUGAAUGACAUCGAGCAUAUCAAGAAUCGAACCCGUGAGCUUGGCGAGGUUGCACAAAAGGAGAUCGCAGCGGAAAUCGAAGAUCUUCGCGAAUCACUGAAAGAAGCUCACAAACUGAUUGUGAAGUAUGCCAACGAGUGCAACGAGCAAGAAUAA